UCCGUGCCGUCUGCGGGACGCGGCGGCUGGGUGCGUCACACCGUCCCGCUUCCCUCUUGCCCUCCCCAGGGCAUGGGGUGAUGGAGGCGUCCAGCUCAGCUCUUGCAAGCCGGGGGGGUGACAGUCAGCGGGCGCUGUGCCCCAGCGUCCUUUCCCUGGGUUGACGGGGUAGCCGGGGGCUUUUUUGUGACAGCAAAGAGGAGGCGUUCGCAUAGAUGGGAACCGCGACACAUCUCAGGGGGGUUGCAGGCGGGCACGGAAGAGAAGCGGCGAAGGAGAAGGAAGAUGAUAACUUCGCGCUCAACACGAUGGCAGGUUUGCGAACAGGAAGCUUUUGAAGCAACCCACAGACCGGUCUGCAACGCUCAUCCCGUGAGGGUGACUCUUUGGCAAGCUGCUUCCGCCGCUCUCAGAAGGGAUGACCAAGCACUGGAACGCCUGUGUGCCCGCAGCCACCCACCCCUGAGCAGAAACCCAGGACCGUGGUCCCAGGGCCCAUUUUUGCCUCCAGCUGAGGAAGAGGCAGGGUGCCGAGACCCACACGGAGACUGUCGGAGGAACCCCGUCAUGGAGUUACCUUGUUCCUGGAGGCCAGAUCUCGUCUGGGAGAAUUUUGGCAUGGCAGCUUUGUAAAAUUUCACGUGCAAGUCUGACAGAGAGCACUGGAAUUUGCAGUUCUGGGAUACCAAGGCUGUGCAAGGACUCAGCCCUCGCUGGACCGCCCUGUGCUCGGUGAGCACAAGAGAGAAAGGAGGAAGAUGGAUCGACAUCCCAACACCACAAUCCGUACAGUGUCCCCAGCGCCUCUGGAGAGCAUGGUCUAUGGGGAUGGACACAAUGGGACCAGGUGCUUUGCAGAACACAUCCCUGAAAUCAUCACCGGUAGCAUCAUGCUGCUCAUCUGCCUGUGUGGGCUGGUGGGGAACGGGGCCAUCCUCUGGCUCCUCGGCUUCCGCAUCAGGAGGAACCCCUUCACCGCCUACCUCCUGAACCUGGCCGUGGCCGACACUUGCUUUCUCCUCUGCACAUCGACUUUCCUUGUAAUAUAUCAUAUGCCCAUGCUCAGCUGCUUUCAGCCAAAGCUUUUGCGGGUGCUGCCGCUAUUUCACUCCAUGGUUCUGCUCACAUACAGCACCAGCCUCUAUCUCCUCACGGCCAUCAGCGUGGAGAGGUGUGUGGGUGUCCUCUGGCCCUUCUGGUGCCGAUGCUACCGCCCAAAAUUCCUGUCGGCCAUCGCGUGCAGCCUGCUGUGGGCCCUCGCCUGUGUCCUUGCCGGGCUGGUGUACUUUGUGUGUGACCUGGGACACUCUGAACACUGCUGGACGGUUCUCGGAACCUUGUGCUUUCUCAAUUUCUGCUUUUUCACUCCCUUUAUGGUUCUUUCCAACGUGAUCCUCUUCAUCAAGCUUAAGCGUAGCUCUUGGCAACACCACCCGGCGAGGUUGUACACUGUCAUCUUCCUCACUGUUUUCUUCUUCCUCCUCUUCGGCAUCCCACUCAGCGUCCAGAUCUUCCUCAACUUCUUUGUCUACAUUAAUUUUGUCUUUGAGAUCUGCCUGUUGCUGGCCUCUGUCAACAGCAGCAUCAAUCCGGUUAUUUACGUCCUGGUUGGGAGCUGCGGAAAGUCCAGGUUCAGGGGAUCCGUCAAAGUCGCUCUUCAGAGGGUCUUUGAAGAUAGGGCAGAUUCCCAAGAGGUGGGUGAGACCCCUGUGAUGGGAAUUGCUGCCUAAACCCCUACGGCUGCAGACUGGCACCUCCGGGAGCAGAGCCCUUGCCCAGUUGGGUAAGUGGGACCGGCAGCGGAUAGUCGUGCAUCUCCCAGGACACAGCCACGCUCAUUUUGAUUUCCAGGGGCAGGGCUGGUUCCCACCUCAAACUUAUAUUUAAGUUAUUUUAAUAAAAGUGUCUUUCAUGUAACUUACUGGUGAUUACAGUUUCUUCCCUUGCUGUGCCCUUGCUUGUUCUCAGAAUUGAAGUUGUGACAGUCCCCUCACACUGCCCACUAGUUUAUAAUGCUGAAUUGAUGUGGUCCAGAAAGUCCUGCGCCAUGUGUUCUCCUGUUCUCCAGGGUUAACACGGCCACGCUCCUGGGCCCUCAUCUGUACCUUGUCUGCUUCCCAGCAUGGAGAUUUCCCAACUCUUCC